CCUGGCAUCGUGGGGAGCAGUGUGCUCUUCUCGCUCUCCCAGGGGCUGGAGAAGGUGAUUCCCCAGCCAGUCCCAGCCCAAAGGACACCGCAGGAACUUGGGAAGAGCUUCGAGACAAGCAUUCCUGAUCAGAUGGAGGUCCAGAUCCUCAAGGACGAGGAAGAGGUAUCUCCGGAGAUAAUCCCCUUUGAUCUGCAGGAGGACAAACUAGACAACUGUGAGCCUGAGCCUGGCUCAGAUACUGGCCCCGAGGAGUGGGCAGGAGUGUGGGUGCUCAACUGGCUGGUGCAGAGCUUCAAGAGGAUGGUGCUGCAGCUGGAGGUGCUGAAGAAGCCAGAGCUGGAGCUGAAGGAGCAGAAGUGCAAAGCAGCGGUGGGAGGCACAAAAGGAACUAAACCCCAGGCAAAGCCAAAGAGCAGCAUUUCAGCUGCCCCGAACACCUCGGCAGCAGUGGAGCCAGCAGCAGCCGAGGUGCAGCCGGAGCUGGUGGUCACCCUUGUCCCUUGGUCCCUGGCUGGGGAUGGCAGCAGCCUGCCCAAGUGCAUCGGUUCAGCCACGAGCCUGAGUGGCACUGUCAUCAACAACCGGCUCCAGGAGCUGGUGAAGCUCUUCAAGGAGAGGACUGAGAAGGUGAAGGAGAAGCUGACCGACCCUGGUGUCACCUCAGAUGAAGAGAGCCCUAUGGCAUCUUCCACCAAGCUGGCACCAGCAGCAGCACCAGUGCCUCCCCCGGGAGGCAGCCAGAAGGGGGACAAGGUGGUGGAAGAGGAGCAGUACUGUGAGAUGCUGUGCUGCAUGUUCAGGUACCAGCCCUGGCUGGACCGCCUGAGAAACUACCAGUUCCCCAGCAGCAUUGACCCACUCACCAAUCUGAUGUACAUGCUGUGGUUGUUCUUUGUUGUCAUGGCCUGGAACUGGAACUGCUGGUUGAUCCCUGUCCGUCGGGCUUUCCCCUACCAGACACCAGCAAACAUCCACUGCUGGCUGUUCAUGGACUACCUAUGCGACCUCAUCUAUCUGCUGGACAUCCUCAUCUUUCAGAUCCAGCUGCAGUUCACAGGGGGAGAUAUAAUAAGUGAUAAAAAGGCCAUGAAGGAGAACUACCUGCAAUCACAACACUUUAAGAUGGAUAUGGUGGGCCUCCUGCCCCUGGAUUUUUUCUACUUCAAAGUUGGUGUCAACCCACUUUUGCGCUUUCCUCACUGUCUGAAGUACAUGGCCUUCUUCAAGUUCAACAAAUGCCUGGAGGCUAUUCUGACCAAGGCAUACAUGUACAGAGUAAUUUGGACCACAGCCUAUUUACUGUACAGCUUGCACGUGAACUCCUGCCUCUAUUACUGGGCAUCAGCCUAUGAAGGACUGGGCUCUACCACCUGGGUCUAUGAUGGGGAAAGAAACAGCUACAUCCACUGCUACUACUGGGCAGUCAAGACCCUCAGCACCAUUGGGGGCCUGCUGGACCCCAAGACACUGUUUGAGAUUAUCUUCCAGCUGCUGAACUACUUCACAGGUGUCUUUGCUUUCUCCAUCAUGAUAGGGCAUAUGAGAGAUGUGGUCGGUGCCGCUACUGUGGAGCAAACUUAUUAUCACAGCUGCAUGGACAGUACCAUUAAACACAUGAACUUCUACAAAAUCCCCAAAACUGUUCAGAACCAGGUGAAAACAUGGUACGAGUACACAUGGCAUUCGCAAAGCAUGCUAGAUGAGUCAGAGCUGCUGGUGCAGCUGCUGGACAAGAUGAGGCUGGACAUCGCCAUCGAUGUGAACUACAGCAUCGUGAGCAAAGUGGCCCUCUUCCAGGGAUGUGACAGACAGAUGAUCUUUGACAUGCUGAAGCAGCUCAGAUCUGUGGUCUACCUGCCCGAUGACUAUGUGUGCAAGAAGGGAGAAAUUGGCCAUGAGAUGUAUGUUAUCCAGGCAGGACAAGUGCAGAUGCUGGAGGGACCCGAUGGCAAAACUGUGCUGGUGGCUCUGAAAGCUGGAUCCAUGUUUGGAGAAAUAAGCUUGCUGGAGGCAGGAGGGGGCAAUCACCAAAUAGCAAAUGUCAUCACUCACGGUUUUGCUAGCCUUUUAAUUUUGGAUAAGAAGGACUUGAAUGAGAUUUAGGUGUUGCAUUAUCCGGAGUCUCAGAAGCUGCUGAAGAAGAAGGCCGAGAAAAUGGUGAAAAACAACAAUAAACCCAAAGAUGAGAAAGGAGCCCCUGGGGACUCGCUGAUCACCCCCCCAAAACCUGACACCCCAAAGCUCUUCCAGGCUGCUCUGGGUGCUGCAGGGAGGGGCAAAGGGCUGCUGGCACAGCUCCCCUGGAGGCUGAAGGAUCUGAAGGAGAUGCAGGCAACGCAGGGUUCCAGUUUAAGUCCAACACCACCAAAAUCACCAGUGCACCAGAGAUCACCCGUCACCUCCCACAAAACACGCACCCACCUGGGAGAAGAAAUAUUCUCCAAAUCUUCCGAUAGUUUAGUCACUAUUCGUGUGAUUUCCACAGCACAAGAAGAUGAAGAGAUCCAAGCAGGUCCUGGGGCAGGAGUAGGAGCCGUAGCUGUAGGCUUCGCUAAGAGCUGA